AUGGCUCAAACAGAUCACCUCCACCAAAUUGCCUUGAAAGACAUCGAUGCUGAACCGUGGUCUUCUUUCGGGGAGCUGCAACAGAAUGUCAGUGCAGUUUGCAUUUUUCUCUGGGCAGUAAAGCUUGCGGGCUUCCUGUUCUACAGAGCCCUUCUUACUCAUACGGAUGCUCGACUAGAUGAGUUGCUCUCAAGCAAUGCUGGAGCAUUUGGCUUUUGGUUCAUCUCAUUUGCUUGGGGAUGGAUUGUAUCGUUGCCUCAUGCCUUAGCAGCUGGCGUGUCUUCCAGCAUUCGGCCUCCUUUCCGUUGGUAUGAUGGGCUUGGCAUUGGAAUUUUUGCCGCAGGUUUUCUGCUGGAGACUAUUGCUGAUUGGCAGAAAUGGCAGUUUAAGAAGGAUCCAUCCAGUCGUGGUAAGUUUUGUGACGUCGGUGUUUGGCAGUUGUCACAGCAUCCUAACUGGUUUGGCAAUUUCCUGCUCUGGAGCGGCAUUUGCGCCCUGAAUGCGUCAACUUUGGCUGCAGUGGGCCCACUUUACAUUCUUCCCAGCCUGUUGAGUCCGCUUUUCUUGUUGGCAUUGUUUUAUGGUCAGGCCUGCGGUACCAUCUCCAACACUGUCGAGCUGGCAAAUGCCAAGCAUGGCCAUGAUCCCGCGUACCAGGAGUACAUAAAGAAAGUCCCACGCAUUAGAAGGAAAUCUGUGGCUGCUGCUGCAGAGAGCUGUUUGUCGCAGUUGCUCGCCGGCAAAGCCUCUUUAGCUAAGAAACUCCAAGUGUCAUUUGAGGGGCCUCUGAGGCUUGCGAAAAUGACCACGCUGUCGAUUGACACGGGUGACCUUUCCGUCAUCCAGGCUGAGUACGCCGAGACCGGACUCAUCACAGAUGCCACAACGAACCCUCUCUUCGUUAGCAAAGCUGGCCUCAGCGGAGAUCCGGUUUACGUGGCCUUUGUAGAAGAUGCGAUAGCUUAUGCGCGCAAGUCCGCUUCAACGGAGGAUGAUAUUGUUGAAUUGGCCAUGGACAAGUUGGCUGUUAACCUGGGUGUAGCCAUUUCAAAACUGGUUCCUGGAUACAUUUCCACGGAGGUUGACCCUCGCUUGAGUUUCAACAAAGAAGAAACUCUUCGACGAGCUCGACGGAUUAUCGCCCUCUACGAGGAAGCCGGCAUCGCCCGAAGCAGGGUGCUGAUUAAGCUGGCAGCCACGUGGGAAGGCAUUGCAGCCAUGAAGGAGUUGGAAGCAGAGGGCAUCACCUGCAACAUGACCCUUGUGUUCGGCUUUGCCCAAGCGGUUGCCGCUGCUCAGUAUGGGGCGCAUCUUAUUUCACCUUUUCCUGGUCGCGUGUUGGACUUCCAGAAAAAACUCUCAGGCCAAGAUGCUUGGAAGCCAGAAGAGGACCCCGGCGUCGUGGCAGUGCGGCGCAUGUACGCCUACUACAAGCGUUAUGGUCACGACACGAUUUGUAUGCCAGCGAGCUGGCGACCUUCAAGGGGAGCUGGCUAUGACCUGGAUGAAAUCGAGGCCUUGGCAGGUGUGGAUCGCAUGACUAUCCCACCAGGGCUUCUCGAGCAGCUUGCAAAAGGCGACUACGCCUUGGAGAGGAAGCUGAAGCCAGAAGACUGCGCGGCUGAGUGCGCUGACAAUGAGCUCUUCGGUGGUGCCAUGUCCGAGGCAGAUUUUCGUUUGCUGAUGAACGAGGACGCAUGUGCAACUGAGAAGACGGCGGAGGGCUUGAGGGCCUUCAUUUCCGACACAGACAAGCUGGAGGCAGGCAUUCGGGAGAAGCUGAAGGCAAUGUAG